AUGUCGGCUGCUAAAGAUUGGCUUAAAGAAAUAGAAGUAUUCUCUUCGGAUCUUGUAACUGGUGAAAGAAUUUCUUCUAAAUGCAAAAUCGAAUAUGCCUGGAAUCCAUCAAAAUGCUCUCAUUGCAAGGUUUAUGGUCAUAGAGAUGCUACAUGUAGAAUUCUUUUAGCUAAGGAGACUAAUUCUAUCAAGAAUUCUAAAGUUGGAGAAGAGAAAAAAGAGGAGAAAAAAAUUGAUCUCAUGGAAGUUCUCAUUGCUAGUACAAAAUCUGUACAGGAAGAUCAAGACGGAUUUCAAACUGUAGUCAAAAGAAAUAAAGGAACUAAUAUGGGAGAAAAUCUGAAGGAAGAAAUGAAGAAUAAAAAGCAAAAUGUGAAUCAAGGGCAAAAAGGGAAAAGAUACGGAGGAGAAAAGGCUGAGAAUGGAAAUAAAGCAAGCAUGCAGGGGCAAAAAGGGAAUAAAAAUGUUAAGACUGGUAUGUCGGCUGAAGGAAGUCAAUGGAAUAAAGGAAAAGGUUCACAGGGGUAUAAUGGGAAAAAUCAAAAUAUAAAGGGAAGUUUUUAUGGCAGAAAUUUCGAACAGGGACAGACGAGUAAAAAUGAUUAUUUCUCGAAUAAAAGGGAGAAUAUUGCUACGAGUUUUAUGGGUAAAAAGGAAUUGGCGGGAUCUAUUCAUGGUAGUGGGAAAAAAGAGGAAGAUGUAAAAUCUGAAGUUAGAGGAAAAAUUAAUGUGGCUGGGCAAAAAUAUGUUCCGAAAUCUGGGCUGGAUUUCAAAAUUAGCUCGAAUUUUGAUUCUAAACCUCAACCUUUGAUGACCAAUGGUCCUAAAAAUCUUUCAACUAAUAAUAAAUUUGAAGUCCUCAAUGAUUUGGAAGAAGAGACCCCUUUUGUUUUUUCGAAGAAGGGAGUAGAUGAGGCUGAUUUAGCUUAUUUGGAUUCCGUGGAUCAAAUGGAGGUUAUAAGAGGUAUCCCUUUGAUAGAUACCAACAUGGAAACCUUUCCCAAUGACGAUUAG